GCAGCUCUUUGGCCUGUCAUGAGCUUCAUUAGGCAUUUCAUAUUGCAGUCGAGCAGACGCAGCUCAGCAGCAGCAGCUCCUUGUAUUGUUCUCCUCCAACGCCAACGCCACCCACAAUUAACCACAACAAUAAAGCGGGGAGCAACAACAAACAAGAGAGAAGAGACACAAACUGGGAUGGAGACCUCAGUACACUCCGCUGGCAUUGCCGAGGUUCACAAUGUGCCCAUGGAGGUGAUCAAGCGACCAAUUCCCUCGGUUCUCGAUGAGCUGAAAGUGCAAUCACUUAUGGACACCAUCAAGGCGGAGACGGGAGAGGAGGAUGUGCCACCGGUUGAUAUCUUGUGGAUAACGGGCAGCAACGGCGGCAACUAUUAUUUCAGCUUCGGAGGCUGCCAUCGCUUUGAGGCCUACAAACGCUUGAACAGGCCAACCAUAAAAGCGAAACUAGUCCGCUCCACUUUGGGCGAUCUUUAUCAUUACAUGGGCUCUAGUGCACCCACUUAUUUGGCUUAAGAAUCUGUUUUUUUUGUGUGUCUUCGUUUUUGCAAUUGUUAUCACUUUUUUAUAAAUACAAAUUUACAUACUAACAUGUA